CCCGCAGCCGGUCCCCAUUGGGGCUCCUGGCGGUGGGGCGGGGGGGCCGUGCCGGGGCGGGGGGGAUCUCACCGGCAGCUCCGGUUCUCCGGUUACCGUGGAGACGGGAUGCAGGGAAGCGGCGGCGGCGGCGAGCGGGGCGCUCUCUCCCCGGGCUCGGGGCUCCCCCCGGGCGCCCCGCAGCCCUCCCGGUUCACCGGGACCAUGAGCCGCGUGCCGAGGCCGGCGGGGCCGAGCGCGGGGCGGCCGCGGUGCCGCAGCCCCGUCAGGCGCCCGGUGCCGCUGUCCGGGCAGGGCAAGGACAAGGAGAGGAUGAAGGAGGGCAUGAAGGAGAAGGAGGCGCGCUACAGCAACGGGCACCUCUUCACCACCAUCUCCGUGUCCGGCAUGACCAUGUGCUUCGCCUGCAACAAGAGCAUCACGGCCAAGGAAGCGCUGGUGUGCCCCACCUGCAACGUCACCAUCCACAACCGCUGCAAGGACACCCUGCCCAACUGCACUAAGGUGAAGCAGAAGCAGCAGAAGGCGGCGCUGCUGAAGAACAGCUCAGCCCUGCAGUCGGUGUCCCUGCGCAACAAGAAUGCCAUCCGGGAGCGCCCCAAUUCCGCCAUCUACCCCUCGGAGAGUUUCCGGCAGACGCUGUUGGGGUCCCGCCGCGGCCGCCCCUCCCUGUCCCUGUCCAAGAGCGUCUCCACCACCAACAUCUCGGGGACGUUCAACGAUGACUCUCCCCUGGGCAUCCGGCGGAUCCUGUCCCAGUCCACGGAUUCCCUCAACAUGCGCAACCGGACGCUCUCGGUGGAGUCGCUGAUCGACGAAGGCCCCGACGUCAUCCUGAGCCAGCUGCUGAGCGAUUUGGAGGCGGACGGGAAGGAGUUCGAGGCGGAUUCCUGGAGCCUGGCGGUGGAUAACAGCUUCCUGCAGCAGCACCGCAUGGACGUCAUGAAGCGGCAGGACGUCAUCUACGAGCUGAUGCAGACGGAGCUGCACCACGUGCGGACGCUGAAGAUCAUGGGCGCCCUGUUCCGCAGGGCGAUGCUGGAGGAGCUGCAGCUGGACCCCGGCACCGUCCAGCGCAUCUUCCCCUGCCUGGAUGAGCUCAGCCACAUCCACGAGCGCUUCCUGGCCCAGCUCCUGGAGCGGCGCCGGGAAUCGCUGGCCCAGGACAGCAACAAGAACUUCGUCAUCGACCGCCUCGGGGACAUCCUCGUCACCCAGUUCUCGGGCCCGAGCGCGGAGCAGCUGCGCAAAGCCUACGCCGAGUUCUGCAGCAAGCACACCAAGGCGCUCAAGGAGUACAAGGACCUGCUGGCCCGGGACAAGCGCUUCCAGCAGUUCAUCCGGAGGGUGACACGAUCCCCCCUCCUCCGCCGCCACGGCGUGCCCGAGUGCAUCCUGCUGGUGACGCAGCGCAUCACCAAGUACCCGGUGCUCAUCGAGCGCAUCCUCAAGAAUUCCAAAGACAACGAGGGGGACUGCGCGGACCUGUCGCGGGCGCUGCGGCUGGUGAAGGAGCUGCUCUCGGCCGUGGACGAGGAGGUUCACGCGUGGGAGCUGCGCGGGCGCCUCUGGGACGUUUUCCGGCGCGUGGAUCCCCGCGCCAAGGUGCCGCUGCUGUGGGACAGCCGGCCCGGAGCCUUCGGCAGGGACGAGCUGCUGCGCAGGAAGCUGGUGCACAGCGGGGCGAUGCUCUGGAAAACGGCCGCCGGGCGCUUCAAAGAUGUCCUGGUGCUGCUGAUGACGGACGUGCUGGUGUUCCUGCAAGAGAAGGACCAGAAAUACACCUUCCCCAUGCUGGACAAGCCGGCCGUCAUCUCCCUGCAAAACCUGAUCGUGAGGGACAUCGCCAACCAGGAGAAGGGCAUGUUCCUGAUCAGCGCCGCCCCGCCCGAGAUGUACGAGGUGCACGCGGCGUCCCGCGAUGACCGCAACCACUGGAUGAAGGUCAUCCAGCAGGCGGUCAGCCUCUGUCCAAGCCGCCAGGAUUUCCCCCUGAUUGAGACGGAGACGGAAGCGUCCUUGCGGAAGCUGAAAGAGCGGAUGGAGCAGCACGACCGUCAGAUCGCGGCGCUGCUGGAGGACAAGGUCGGCAUUUUUGCCGACAUGCUGGCGCUGGGCAGCGGCUCCGAGCCCCCCCAAGCCCCCCGCGGGACCCCCUUCCCCGGGGACCCCGCCCGGGCGCCCCGCGGGGACGUGCUGCUGCACGACGCCAUCCGGGAAGUGGAGUGCCUGAAGGAGAUUUUCACGGGAUGCACCCGGGAUCGGGAUCGGGAUCAGAACCACAACAACCGCCCCGAGGCCGAGAGCUGCCCCAGCCCCAGCGCCAGCAACGGCGACUCCGGCAGCAUCAACGGCUCCUUGGAAUUCCGGGUGGAUCCCGAUGCUGGGCAGCGGGACGGGAAUGGGAACCAAGUCCCGCCCAGGGGAUCCCAGGAGGAGAUCAACCAGCGCCUGGUGAACCUGUACGGGCUCCUGCUGCGGCUCCAGCUCCAGCUGACGCACCGGGAUGUUCUGUUGGAGCUGCAGCUGCCGGAGGCGCUGCAGCGGCCGCGGCCCCGCCGGGGCUCCCAGCCGGCCGUGCCGGUUACCGGGGGCGCGGAACCGGGCCCCGGGGCGGAGCUGGCGCUGCUGCAGCGGCAGCACGGGCUGGUGCAGGAGGAGCUGAGCCGCUGCCGCCAGCUGUGCCAGGAACGGGCGCAGGAGGCGGCGGCGCUGGAGUCGCGGCUGCGGGACAGCGAACGGGAGCGCUCCCGGUUGGAACGGGAGCUGCAGGAGGCGCGGGGAGCAGCGGCGGGGCCGCGGGGCCGGCGGGCGGCGGAGCCCCGGCGCAGGAGCCUCCCGGCCGGGGAUGCGCUGUACCUGAGCUUCACCCCCCCGCAGCUGAUCCACGGCAGCCCCCCCGCCCACUCCCCCGCCGCCCCCGGCCCCCGGGACGAGCUGGAAUUCCCGGGCACCGACCCCGAGCGGCUCCGCCAGGGGGGUGAGGACAGCCUGGACGUGCUCCUGGAGGGCGAGGGGGGCUUGGGGAGCCGCCACUCCCCCCCCGCCAGCCCCCGAGAUUUCCUGAGGAUGCAGGAUAUUCCCGAGGAGGCGGAGAACAGCCAGGAGCUGAAGGAGGGCGACGGGGACAGUUAGGGACCCCCGCAGCCCCCCCAGCCCCCCACGAUCCCCCCAGGACACGCCGGGGGCUGGAUCCGGCUGUGGGGAGCGUUGGGAAAAGCGGGAUGGGGACGCUGCUAUUCCCACGGGAGCCUUAUGGGAACGGGGGGGUCCGGUCGCCCCCUCCCCUACUCCAGCCCGGGGGGGACAGGGGUGACAUCGUGUCCCUCCUCCUCCCGCUGGGAUUUAUUUAUUUAUUUGGAUGUUUUGGGGUGCGGGAGGUGGCCCCAGGGCGAGGAACUUCCAGCUCCUGGGUCAGCGGUGACAGUGACCCCCCGUCCCCGGUGUCGGGGGGCUGCUCAAGGGUGGGGCGGGGAGGGACGGGGUCCCCGCGGAUUAACUGUAAAAACAAAGGGCGAAAAGAAAUGAAAAAUAUUAAAAAAAAAAAAAAAAUUUGGAAAAUCCUGAAAA